AUGAUGAUUGGAAUUUGUGUAAUAUUCCUAUGUGCAAUGGUAGCUUAGGCUAAGAAGUAGAAGGAUUUUCUAUUUGAUGUAAAAUAGGGUAAAUCAAUUCAAGUUGAAUUGCCUGAGAAGUGGGAUAAGGAUUUCUUAAUUAUGUAUGUUCGACCAUUACAAGAUGAAAAGAAGAGUGAUUUGGGUGAGAUUCAAUUAAAAAGCAAAGAAGAGGACUUUAAAUUGAUGGAAUUUUAUGAGACUGCAUUAUUUACGAUCAAAUCUGAAGAUAUAAAUUUAAAAUGCAUAAGUGCACCAUGUGUUGGUAGGAUUACAGUAAUAAGCAAUGACGCAAUUGAAUUGACUAGUAAGAGUACAGAGCUGAUUUUGAAUUAGAAACAGCCUGUUUAAGUGAUUUCUAUGCAACUACCUAGUAAAUAUAGUAGGAUGGUGGGAGAAUUUAAAUUGGAAGAUGAUGAAUCUGAUAAAAUAAAAAUAGAUGUAUUUGAAGAGAAGGCUAGACUUUAUGGAGAUGAAGUUUAGUUAACAGUGGCAGUAAAUAGGAAGGAUUGCGAGAAAUGCAAAUUAUUGGCUGUUUUGAGUGGAGAUUUGAAUCUUAAAGAGGAAGCAACAAUAAAUGGAUAAUUGUAUUUGUAUAAAGAUGAAGAAGAAAUUGAGAUAAAUUAAGAAGUAUUUGAUUAUUUGUUUGAAAGAGAUGAGAACACUUAUUAAUUGAAAUUGCCUAAAUAAUUUAAAAUUUUAUAAAUAGAAAUAUUUGGAGAUAUGUUACCAUUAUUGAAGGUUCACAAGAAGGAUAAUGAAUAUUUUAGUUCACGAGAACCAGUAUAAUUCUAAUAGAGAGGUCAAGCAUUUCAUAUCAUUUUGAGAAGAGAGGAUAUUGAAGGGGAUGAAGUCACUAUCAAUUUGAGUUAAGGGGGUUCGUUGAAAUAUCUAAUGGUUGUUAAAUUGAUUGAUGAACCAGUACUAUACAAUAAUCAGUUGGUAUUUUCUAAAAUCUAAGACAAAGGUAAACACAAUUAUUAAUUCAAAACUAUUGAAAGUGAACAGGAAGUCGGAAUUAAACUAGUUUAUUUCGAAAAAGGUUCUAACUCUAUAAGAAUAGCAGAAUGUUAAGAUGGUUGUUAAUUUAGUGACGAAGAUAAUCAUAAUUUGAGAUUUGACAAACAUGAAUUGAAACCUGCAGUAUUUGUUAGUCCACAUUGUUAAAAUAAAGAUUAAGAAGGAUUUUGUAGAUUCUAAUUAGAAGUAACAAGUGAUAAUAAGAAUAUCUAUAUGUUGACUACUUAAAAUGAUAAUAACCAACGCAUUCUUAAAUCUGAUGUUGCUUAUACCAAUUAUUUGGAAUAGUCAUAAGAAGAGCAUCUCAUUCUUAAAUAUCAAAAAUCAGACGAUGAUGAAGAAUUGGUGUUCACAGUCAAUACUCACAAUAUUGUCUAUAUGAUAAGUAGAGACAGCAGUUGUUACCCUGUUCGAAUUGAAUGUGCAAAACAUUUUGGAGGCGUGGAUCAUCUAGUUGUUCUUAGAGGUGAUAAAUUGAAACAUACUCAAUAUUAUAUUACUCUAACAGCUAGAGAAACUACUAUGUUUCAAUUUAUGGCCAAGGUGACUAAAUAGGCAGAAAUUAAUAUCAAAGUAUUAAAGGAAGAUGAAACUUACAGAGGAGUAUUAUAAUUGACAAAUGGGGAAUCCAAAAUUCAUUACUUUAGAGUCAUGAUUAAUUUUAAUCAAGUGGAUUCAAAUGUAGAAGUUAUUGAUGAAGAAUAGCCAACUAUUGAAUUUGCUAUUCAUUCUUCAAGAAUGCAAGUAGCUUUGACCUUGAAAAAAGGCAAUCAAUUGCCAUCUCUUCAAUUAUUCGAUCUAAUCACUACCAAUAACUAUUUGUCAAUCUAACCUCAAGAUUAAUAUUAUUAGAACUCUGGUAAUUAUACUAUUGGUAUUCAGAAUAUGUUUGAAACAUAUUUAGAUAAAGAAAUCAUGUACACCUUCACUUAUUCAACAAGUAGAACUGUGAAAACACUCCACGCAGGUUAACAAUUUGUUGAUAGAGUAAAAGGAUUGAAGUCUAAGUAUUUCAGCUUCUACUACAGCAAAAAUACUACCAUAUUUUACAUUAGUUUAUAAAGUAAAAGCAAUAAUAAAUUAACUUUAACGGUGUAAAAUGAUGUUAAACCUGAUAAUUAUUCUUAAUUUGCAAAGAGUGAAGAUUCAAGCACACUUAAAUUAACAGAGUCAGCCUUAAAUAGUUUGUGUUUGGAUGGACUUUCAUAAGAUGACAAGGAUGAUAAUUCUAAUGUAAUUGCCAUUUGUCAAGCUUAUUUAAUAAUUGAAAAUCAUGGUAAUGAAGAUAUCUUAUUCAAUCUCAACGUUUGGAAUCCUCAAACUGCUCUUGAACUUAAAGAUGGAUAAGAGUACACUUUUAAUUUAGAAUAUCUAUUUCAAGAAACAUUCUUAUAUUACAAAGUAGUCUCCCCUUAACUUGAUGUUUAAUUACACAUUAAUUCACAUUAUGGGUACACAAGAUAUUAAAUAUACAUCCUGGAUUCUCAAGAUUAGGAGUCUAAUUCUCUUUAUGCAAAAGAAGAAUACAAAACCUAGCAUUCUAAGAGUAUUCAUUCUAAUGCGUUUAAAUUCUGUGAACCUGAUUGCGUGUUGAAAAUAUUAUUAGAAGGUCAAGAUGUAUAAUAUCAGAAUGAUAGAAGAAUUAAUUUUGAUGACACUGUUUUUGUCACUGUCACUCAACAGUAUAUGGACUUGAAGAGCGGACAAGCAAUUUAAAUUUCAGUUGAUAAAUUCAAGCCUAGAAAAUUUAUAUUCUCAGAAAUAAACGAUAUUUCUCCCUAGUCAAGAUUCAAAUUAAUCUUACAUGAAAUUUAUGGCAAAGGUUCGAUCUGCUUAAAUUUAAAUGAUGAAGAACAUAUUGAUUCGGAUAAAUGUGAAUAUGAGGUCCAAGGCAAUGUCUUAGAGUUGACUUAAGCACAACUACAAGAAAAACUAAAUGCUUUAAAUCUCACCAGUAAUCCUUAUAUUACAAUCUAAAUCUAUUCUAUUGUAGAUUAUAGCAAGUUUUAAUUAUCAUUGGAAAUAUCUAAUGACAAGAAUAACCAUAAAUUAAUGAUGGGAGUACCAACAAGGAUUAAACUAGACAUUCAAGAAGAAGUCUAAUAUCAAUAUUUUAACAUCCAACACAAUGAUGAUUUAUACUUUAAAUUCAUCAAAGUUUAAGGCACUUCAAUGAUCUAAAUAUCUAGAUGUUUAGACAAUCUCAAUAAGGAAUGUGAAGAAGAGACAAUUAUUCAAGAAUAAUUUUUAGCGGGGCAAUUCUACAAUUAACAUAUCAUCUAUAAAAAUGACAAUAAGAAAUAUUGUGAAUUGUGCACAUAUAUCAUCAAAAUAAAGACUGUUGGAAUCAAUGUAGACUUAUUGAUAGUAGUAACUUCUUAAUUAAAUUUUGUUUAAUUGCCAUAGAAUAUUGCAUUUACGGAUUUCCUGGAAAACUAGACUGAUUACAACAUCUAUCACUUCUCUUAUAACACAGAUCACUAAAUAGAGGUGUAAAUCAAUCAAUUUGCUGGUGAUACAUAGAUGUGGAUUGGAUAUAAUGCUGUGCUGGACUCUUCUCUCUACCAAUAUGGACCAUAUAAUCUAAUUAAAUAAUAGAAAUUAAUGAAUACUACUUCUUCCUCUAUCUCUUACUAUUAAGCUAUCAUCCCUCCAAGAGAACACUUAGAAGAAACUAACUAUACUCCUUAUGCAAAUGGAUCGCAUACCUUGGCAGGUCAUUAUAAUGAUGAUGACCUCUAUAUUAUUGUUAAGAAUAACUAAUAGUCGGCAUCGAAUUAUUCUGUUCUAGUAACCUAGUCUACAACUGGCAAUGGUUAACUACUCUAGGAUGGAAUUAUUACAUUUGCUUAUUUGAGUAGACAAACACCAGUUAUUACUUUAUAUCAUUAAAAUUCUUAUAGAAAAUAACCGUAAUUAGUGAUUAAAAUGGUUCCAUAUGGUGUGAGAUUAUAAGGUUCGGAGUAUUUCAAAAUAGAAGUAUCUAAUGAGACAGAUCCUGUCAAUUUCACUUUACUUACAUCUAUUUCUAGCAGGUAUAAUUAAUAGACCUUCCUUUUACCAAUGUUAGAAGGACUCUUAACUAUAAAAAUCCAUAGUUUACUAGAGAUAAAAGGAAAUGAGAAUAUUAAUGUCGAAUAUGCAUUUAAUCGUGAAGGAGACAUUGUUCCGAUUAGAAGGUAACCAUUUAAAGAGUUGUACUAUUUCGGUAACAACUAUUUAAAUCGAAUUGAUCUACAAAUCAGCAUUGUAAGCAAAGACGUGUUAAUGAUCGAUGAGAAAUCAAGUUAAAAUGAUUAAAUCAUGGAUUCUCUAGAGAAGUUUUAUGAAUCAUAUAUACCCUAUGAAGGUGAGUUGAAAGUAUCGAUUACUCAAAAUUAUGAUGAAUUUAUUAAUAGAACUUAUACUGCUAGUAAGACUACAAUAGAAGGCCAAUUAACUGAUAUUAUUCUGCCAGUUAAACAAGGACCUGUUUUCUUUGAAUUCUCAUCUAAUGAAAGUGUGUAUAAGUUCACAACUCAGGUAUAUAAAACUCAAGAUUUUGCUCCAUAUGGAUAAUUAGUAAUUGGAGGAGAUGGUUAAAUAAAUUACUCUUUUGAGACAUAUGAUACAGAUUUUAUUACUGUGAAAUUCAAACCAUUGAAAUGCAUUGGCUGUGAUCUCUCUUAAGAAAUGAACAGUUUAAUAAAAUAUUCAAUUAGUUGGGGUAGUAAUAUUCAGUAUGCUCAUGUGAUUGGACUUUGUCAAUACAAUUGGUAUGCAAAUUAUCAUUAAAAUCACUCAGAUAAUUAUGAACAGGCUGAUAUCGGCCUUUAUGCUCUCAACCACUCUGAUCAAAUUGUAACUAAUAUUGUUGUUAGUAAAUAAUCAAGGCAUCCUCAAUUAUUUAUAGCUAUUAGAGCUUAGGUUUUAGUUUUUAACAAUCUAACCAUUAAUGAUUAUGAAUUAUAUUACCAUGUUGCGGAAAUUGGGAUGCCCAACGUCUCCUUAUAUUGGUACAAACAUAGGUUCAAUGAACUUAUUAUUGGAGCAGCAAUAUUUUUGAUAGUAGUUAUAACUUUAUCAUGUGUUUUGUGUAAAAUAUAUAGAAGAAUAAGAAAGUUAAAGAAGGAGAAUCUGAAUUUACAAUUAGAGAAAAAAAUGGAGGAGGCCAAAGAGAAGGUGCAAAUUUAGACUAAAUAUGAAACCCUAGAGGAUGAAAAUAAUGAUUAAUCAAAUGUAUGA